ACAGCUGAUGUUCUUAUUUUCUUUGUCAAAGCAGGACGACUAAUUGUGGCAUCCAUGGAGUUUCUUGCGGUACUACUGAUCAUUGGACUAUACCAUAUCCCAAUAACUUUAUUAGGGACUCCAUGCGUGAUUGCGUUUUUGAUAUACAAAUGUCGUAGAAGGCAUUUAUCUAUGUAUACUGCUAUUGAAGAAUUUCUCCAAACCCACAACAACCUCAUGCCAAUAAGGUAUUCAUACUCAGAAAUUAAGAAGGUGACCAAAAAUUUCAAGGACAAAUUGGGUGAAGGAGGCUAUGGCACUGUGUAUAAAGGAAGGCUUCGAAGUGGCCAACUUGUAGCUGUAAAGAUGUUAGGUAAAUCCAACGCUAACGGACAAGAUUUUAUAAACGAAGUUGCAACUAUUGGAAGGAUUCACCACGUUAAUGUAGUGCGGCUUAUUGGCUUUUGCGUUCAAGGGUCAAACCGGGCUCUUAUAUAUGAAUUCAUGCCUAAAGGAUCUCUGAAUAAGUACAUUUUUUCACCAGAAGAAAGUGAUGUCUUAAGCUACAACAAAAUAUAUGAUAUUGCUAUCGGAGUUGGUCGAGGGAUUGAAUAUUUACAUCGAGGAUGUGACAUGCAGAUUUUACAUUUUGAUAUCAAGCCUCAUAACAUUCUUCUUGAUGAGAAUUUUAUUCCUAAGGUUUCUGACUUUGGCCUUGCAAAACUGUAUUCAGUAGAUAACAGCAUUGUUUCUUUGACAGCUGCACGAGGGACAUUAGGAUAUAUGGCUCCUGAAUUAUUUUACAAAAACAUUGGAGGUAUCUCCUACAAAUCUGAUGUUUAUAGUUUUGGAAUGUUAUUGAUGGAAAUGGCGGGUAGAAGAAAAAACUUAAAUGCAUAUGCGGAGCAUUCAAGCCAAAUUUGCUUUCCUACUUGGGUCUAUGACCAAUUGCAAGAUGGAAAUGACAUAGAAAUGGAAGAUGCCACAGAAGAGGAAAAGAAAAUGAUUAAGAAGAUGAUUAUAGUGGCAUUAUGGUGCAUACAGAUGAAGCCUAGUGAUCGCCCUUCAAUGAAUAAUGUCGUAGAAAUGCUUGAAGGAGAAGUUGAAUGCCUACAGAUGCCUCCCAUGCCUACUCUUUCAUCGCCAGAGAGACCCGCUAUGGAUGCUGAAGAGAAUUCAAAUCAAAGUUGCUCAUCAAUUCAAUCAGAGGAAUCAAAUCAAUCAACUCAAUUUUAA